AUGCCCAUCCCAUCCACUAUGCGCGCCUGGAGGAAGCACAAAGGCAAUCCUGCCCCGGUUUGGGAAGAAGUCCCCGUCCCGUCCGUUUCUCCAACUGGACUGCUGGUGAAGCUCCUUGCUUCAGGAGUUUGCCAUAGUGAUCAGGCGCUUAUAGAUGUCGAAGACCGUCCGCACUUUAAUGACGUCUAUACCCUUGGCCACGAAGGAUGCGGUGAAAUAAUCAAAAUUGGUGCAGAAGUUACCAAUCAACAAUUUGCAAUUGGUAUCCGCGUCGCCCUCCUCGCCGUUCCAGGCUGUGGUCUCGCGACGUGCUCUGAAUGCGCCCGCAACCUCCCCCAGCUCUGUCCUAAUGGAGCUCACCAUGGGAUCGGGCAAGAUGGGUUCUUUGCCGAGUUUGUGGCUGUAGAUCAGCGGGCAGCCGUAGCUCUUCCUGACGGUAGGCAAUCACUCCACAUUGCGCAUUCUAUCGACGAGUCAAAAACCGACAAGUCAAAAGCGCUAUAUCGCAUGUAUCCUGAGCCAGAAAUCGGGGCAGUCGCAACCGACGCUGUAUUAACAGCAUACCAUGGCAUCGUGCGCCGCGCUCAAGUUAAGAGUCACGAGACGGUCUUUCUCUUCGGUCUAGGUGGACUAGGGUUCAACGCGCUCCAGAUAGUUCUGAGCCAUAUAAAGGCUAGGGUGAUCGUCUCGGACGUGCGCCGUGAAAAACUGCUCGCCGCGAGAGAACUCGGCGUCAGAGAAUCUGACAUCGUCCCUGUCGACACUCCAGUAACUAUUCCCGAGUUCAUAGCUUCGCAGGGCAUAAUAAUCGAUACAGUUCUUGAGUUCGUUGGAAAACGCCAGACCUUCUCCGAUGCGCAGAAGAUCGUCCGGCCAGGUGGGAAGAUAUUGUGUAUCGGCACCGGUGACCGGGUGAAUGAUCUCGACAUGAAAAACGGUAUUCGGAAGCGAUUGAGUUUUCUGUUCAACUAUGGCGGACAGAAGCCGGAUCUGGAGGAGAUUCUGACGUUGAUCAAGGAGGGAGUGUUGAGACCCAGGGUGCAGACGGGGUCGCUGAAAGACUUUCCUACCUAUUUGAGGAGACUGUGUGCAGGGGAGAUUGAGGACCGAGUUGCCCUUUUGCCUAAGUGA